UGUGUAAACAAUGGUUUUUGCAUUGGUGGGUUUCACUGUGAGAGACCAUCGUUGCGGAUUUCUAUGUUAAAUUCGACGAGAAAACACAAAGGCUGAAUCUUUUUCACGGGGAUGACUUAAAAGUUUCUUCCUUUUUUUUUUCUUUUUCAAAUUGGCAUUUCAAUUUUGAUCGAAUUAAGGACGAAGAAGGGAACUGGACGGGUAGGAAAUUGCUAAGCUAUGAAACGAUUCUUCAAGCCCAUAGAGAAGGACGGCUCAACGGCAGCUAAAAAGCCCUGCCUUUCGCCGGAAAAGCGCAACGGAGACGGAGACGGAGUUGAAGAAGAGAAGACUCAGAAUGAGCCGUCCAAGUUUUUGACGUGGAACGCUAAUAGCUUCCUCCUUCGGGUGAAAAACGACUGGUCUGAGUUCUCUAAGUUCGUCUCCGAUUUUGAUCCUGAUGUCAUUGCCGUACAGGAAGUAAGAAUGCCUGCUGCUGGUGGAAAGGGAAGACCUAAAAAUCAUGAAGAGUUGAGUGAUGACACGAAAGCUUUGCGUGAGGAAAAACAGAUUUUGAUGCGGGCUCUCUCAAGUCCACCAUUUGGAAAUUAUCGAGUUUGGUGGUCUCUUGCGGAUUCCAAGUAUGCAGGGACAGCUUUGUUAGUGAAAAAGUGUUUCAAGCUCCGGAAAGUUUACUUUAACCUUGACAAAUUAGCAUCUAAACAUGAACCUGAUGGUCGAGUAAUCUUAGCUGAAUUUGAGACAUACCGUCUUUUGAACACGUAUUCGCCUAACAAUGGUUGGAAAGAGGAGGAGAAUUCAUUUCAGAGGAGAAGAAAAUGGGACAAGAGGAUUGUUGAGUUCCUCACCCAAACGUCUGAUAAACCUCUAGUAUGGUGUGGCGACUUAAAUGUCAGUCAUGAGGAGAUAGAUGUUAGCCAUCCAGAAUUUUUCGCAACAGCAAAGCUUAAUGGUUAUGUUCCUCCAAACAAAGAGGACUAUGGACAGCCUGGAUUUACACCAUCUGAGAGAAGACGCUUCGGUGCAAUUAUGAAAGAAGGAAAGCUUGUUGAUGCAUACCGGUAUCUACACAAGGAACCAGACAUGGAAAGUGGCUUCUCAUGGUGUGGGAAUCCUAUUGGAAAGUACCGGGGAAAGAGGAUGAGGAUCGACUAUUUUCUGGUCUCUGAACAGCUCAAAGACCGUAUAGUUACUUGUAAGAUGCACGGUCGUGGGAUAGAAUUAGAAGGUUUCUAUGGGAGUGAUCACUGUCCGGUUUCACUCGAGCUUUCGAAGCCAACUUCAGAUUCGGAAGAGAACCAGGUUUCCAACUAAAAUCAUCCUCUUCUGUAAUGCAACAUAAGCCUUCUUGAGAACUCAAAGCAUGGCUUGUGUUAGCAGAGUUGAUCUUUUAAUUUACUUGAGGAUCUGAUUGAUGUUAUUGAGACACUUAUUUGGCCUUGUUGCUCUGUUGAGCUCUCAAAGGUAAUUAAUUAACAACUCUAUUAAUAUGCUUAAUUUUCCUAGGAAAUGUAGAUAUCUUAACUUUUGAAUCUUCUUUUACUUUUUAUAGUUUUGAUAUGUGCUAAUUUCUAAAGAUUUAGAACUUUUUUGGGUGUAUUUUAAGCAUAUAUACCCUUUGCUUUAUUGUAUAGUCAGUGGAUAGAGGCAACAUUCGAUAAACCAAGGGUUCAUAUUCAUAUGAAAAUUAAAUUUGUAUAUAUUUGAAUUAUGCAUUGCUUUCGUGUUGAAUUUCAGAGUUGACUUCCUGAUAUAACUGUUAAUUUGAAAAUAAUUUUUGCUAACAAAUUAGAUGCUUUGAAAA